AUGUUAAAUAAAAAUGUGUCAAAUCAAAUCCCAAUUGAAUUAAAUUCAGAUUAAGAUGAAUUUCAUUAAUGCAAUCCAAGUAAAAGUGAUUCUACAGCUACACCUGGUAUAUUUGAUAACUCUAAUACAUCUAAAAUUCUCUGUUCUUAGCUAUUUGAAGAUCAUCUAAAUCAAGAUGGUAAUAUAUCCAUAUUAUAUAAGAUGAUGAAUUUGAUUCUUUGAAUUAAUAACUAAAAGAUGUUUUGCUAACUGACAAUUAUCGCCCUUCAUUAAUCCAAGCUUUCUCUGCUGAUAUGUAUACGUUACCAAAUUUAAAUUACUUAGGUCUUCAUAUUUGAGCCAUGAAAAACUAACUAAAAAUUCCAGAAAAAUGUAAUAAGAGUAUGAAUAAGCCAAUAAUACAGAAAGAGGAUUUGUUUUUAACACUUAUAUUAAAAACAAUAUAGUUAUACUUUGUUUAGAUAAAUAUAUGCAUUACAUACUGGAAAAAAUUAUAGAAAUUGGUAUUUCAUAUUAAAUAUAUUAGGACCAUCAAGUUAUAGAAAUAUUAUAUUAGAUUAAAUUUUUCAUUCCAUUAAAAAAUUAAUCUCUGAUCUUCAUGCUUGUAAAGUCAUGUAGAAGGGAUUAGAAAUUAUGUCCUUAUCUCCUUAGGAAUCUAUUUCUCAAUAUUAAAACUAUAUUGAAUUUAUUUUAGAAGAUUCCGAUUUUACUAGAAAACUCUAUACUGAUAAAAUCGGAAACUAAAUUUAUACAAAAUCUUUAGAAGUAUUUGAAGAGAAAAAUUUAGAAUCACUUUUGUAAAUCUUUGAUAAAUAUGUAAAUUAUUAAAUAUAAUAGUAGAUUUUAAAUCAUAAUUAAUUUUCUUUAGAAUUAUCAACUGAUCAAUAUGGCUGUCUGAUUGUUAAUAAAAUUAUUGAUAUUUAUCCAAAGCUUCUUGAUCCGAAAACGAAAUCAACAGCAAAUGAAAUAAUAAUGAGAACAAUAAGGAAUUCAUCUUGUUUGAUAAGAAGAUAAUAUGCUAAUUAUAUAAUCUAAUAAUUAUUGGAAAAAGGUUAAGAGAAUCAUAAAAGAGUUCUGUUGGAUAAUUAUUUAAUUAAAGAUUUUGUCUCGAUGUCUCUUGAUAAAUAUGGUAGUAAUGUGGCAGAAAAAGCAAUAGUUUAUGCAUAUCCUUAAUGGAGAUAGAAAUUAUGGGAAGAAGAAGUAUCAGUUUCAGAAUGGUAAUAAUUAUAAAUAAUAAUAAUAAUAGUUCAUUUAGAAAAUUAGUAAAUGAUUAGUUUGCUAAUUAUCCAAUCUAAAGACUUUAUGAAAAUUUAACAAUUGAAUAUAGAAAUGAAUUUAUUGCAUUAUUGAACAGAUUACAUGAUAGUCAUUUUCUCAAUCAUCAUGGUUAGAUUGUAUUAAAAUUUGCUCUAUCAAAUUAUAAUGUUAAAAGAUUUGCUUAAAAAGUUAAUUAAAUUGAAAAUAGUAAAACUACUAAAUUGUAAGAAAAAAAUAAAUAGAUUUAAUAAGUAUUUGAGAAAUAAUAGAAAAUUUAGCAAAAUUAAUAUCAAUAUUAAUAGUAUUUGUAAUAAUAUUAGAUGAUGGCAUUAUAACAUUAAGUUCUAUAAUAAUAUUAAUUAAAUUAUUAUCAAUCUCCAACGGAGUUGCAAUAAUAAUAAUAUUAAGCGAUGCUUUUAUAAUAAAAUAUGAUAAUGUAUUAAUAAUAAUAAUAGAUAAUUUCUCCUUAAUUUUAGUAAUUCUCUUUGAAUUAGGAGUAGUUUUCUUUCUCAUAAUAAUAUUAAUUGUAAGAUUAAAUGAAUCAACAAGCAUUAAAUAAUUACCAAUAGUUUUAGUGCUUUAAUAAAGGGAAUUAGUAUCAAUAAGAGUGA